AUGGAAUUUCUUGGAUUGAAGAAAGGGAAUGGAACUGUGGCGGAGUAUGCUGCAAAAUUCCAAGAGUUGAUCAAGUAUUGUCCCCAUUACAAUACUAUGAAUGUUGAGAGGUCAAAGUGUUUGAAAUUUGUGAACGGUUUGAGGCAUGACAUUAAGAAGGCUAUCGGUUACCAACAUAUUACUCAUUUUUUAGAGUUGGUUAACAAGAGUCAUAUUUAUGACGAAGAUAGUAGGGAGAGUGCUUCUCACUACAAGGCUUCGAAUGAUGGAAAAGGGAAAGGUCAAUACCGUGGAAAACCGUACGAUGAUAAGAAUAAGAAAUAUGGUUAUGGCGGAAAGCCAAGUGGGGGGGGAUCUAGAGCUCCGGUUAAGUGCUUCAAGUGUGGUGUCGAAGGACAUCGUGCUAAUGAAUGCAACAAAAAAAUUGUUAAGUGUUUCAAGUGUGACAUGCUAGGUCACAAAGUUGUAGAUUAUAAAGUUGGUUCGGGUGUGACUUGCUACAAUUGUGGCUAA